AUGUUUAGGUCUACUCUUCGACCUAUACAGGCAAUUCAGAGAUGCAUUCAUACAUCCUCAUUGUUACUAAAAGAAUCAUCAACUUCAAAAAUAGACAAACAUUUAGAAUUUCUUAAAAAUUAUUACAGUCCCGAACUUUUACAAAGUAUAAAAAUAGCAGAAUCUAUAGUUGAACCAAAAGAUUAUCUUAAUUUGCAAUUACAAGGACAAAGUGCCAAGUCUAAAAUAGCUCCAUCUAAAUCAGAUUUCGAUUAUUCAACGACAGAUCCCGAAUGGGAAGAACCAAUACUAUAUCCAAAUCAAGGUUUAGGACGUACACCAUAUCCAGCAAUUCCACAGGUUCAUGCUCCAGAUAGGGGAGACUUAAGGAUAAGAUUUGCAAAUGCACCAAGAGCUCCAAAUGAUACUGCUCAAUCAAAUACAGCUAUCAAAACACCUCAUCAAAUUGCAAAAGAAUUAAGUCAAUUAACUGGCUUAGAUGAAAGAUAUAUACGAAAUUUAUAUAUUAGACCAUUAGUUAUGAAAAGAGUAUCUUUGAAGACUGCAAAGGGUAAUAUUGCAAAUUUCUUUGUCAUGUCAGUUGCAGGUGAUAAAAAUGGUAUGAUUGGAUUAGGAAUUGGGAAAUCAAGAGAUGGUAUACGUACAGCAGCUACAAAAGCUCAUUGGAAUGCAAUCAAAAAUUUAACACCAAUAAAAAGAUAUGAUAAUAGAACUAUAUUGGGACUGAUAGAAUUAAAGUAUCAUGCUACAAAUUUAAAAUUUAAAUCAGCUCCAAUUGGGUUUGGAUUAAGAUGUAAUAGAAAUAUUUUUGAAAUUUGUCAAGCUGCUGGUAUAAAAGAUUUAAGAGGUAAAGUUCAUAAAUCAAGAAAUCCAGUAUUAGUUGCUCAAGGUUUUGUAAAAGCUUUAACUCAACAAAAAUUAAUUGAAGAAUUAGCUUUAAAUAGAGGUAAAAAUGUUGUUGAAUUAAGAAAAGCUUAUUAUUCUAAUGAUUAA